AUGGCUUCCAUCGUGUGUCCGGAAAUGCUCCAUAAACGAGUUAACAUUCCCAAGUACGGGUACAGAGCCCCGCUGCUCAGUGCAACAGUAUAUGCAGCCAUAGCUACAUGUCGACCCAUCAGUGAUUGGUGGCACUUUCUGGCAAAAGAUAUGCGAUUUGGCAAGGAAGGCCCAGUGGUAUCGGAUGCCCGUUUCCUGAUGGACGCGGACGCGAUGGUCAAAGAAGCGGGAUGGUUUGUCGAGAGGAGUGGUGCGGGAGAUGCUGGGUGCCUGCAUCAUUGUGGUUGGAAGGUUAUCGGAGAAGAGGUCCGUGGGCCUUUAAAAAUUGCAUUUGGUACAGCGCCAGAAGAGGACUUGCGAAAACAUCCCCGACGGCCGUUGCUCGGAACGCAUCGCUUUCCUCAUUCCUGUUUGCAUUCUCCAUGCGCCUUUGCAGAAGCCGGCAAAGUUGUUCUCUUCACUGGGUAG